AUGGGUUCCGGAACCGGAUAUUUCAGUACUAUGGUUGGAUUAAUUUUGGGCAUAAAUGGCAUAAACCAUGGCAUUGAAAUUCAUGCAGAUGUGAUCGAUUACGCGCAUCAAAGGUUGGAAGAUUUCAAGAAAUUUUCCGGAGCUAUAGAUGCAUUUGAUUUCUGUGAACCUAAAUUUAUGCAAGGUAAUUGUCUGACCAUUACUGUGUAUGAUAGAAUCUAUUGCGGAGCCGCUUGCCCUGAGGAGUUUCAACAUUAUAUGCAAAACCGCCUUAAACUUGGGGGAAUUUUAGUGCUGCCAUUGAACGACCAACUGAUGCGGAUCAAACGGGUGUCCGAGUGUCGAUGGGAAGAAACGAUGCUAUUACCAUUUUCCAUUGCUAGUGCGCUUCAACCUCCAAUAGAUUUUCACAACUCUAUUAAACCAAGUAAGAAAUUGAAAAAAAAUAUUGAGGAGUGUGUUGGUAAACUGCGAUUGUGGGCUGUGGACCUUGUGUUUCUAAAGAAGAUAUAA